AUGGACGCGGACAUUCAAGCUUCCCUAGAGGCGGUCAUUGACUCCAAUACUGCUUCAGCCUCUCCCCCAUUCACCAAACCCACUCCAAAAACAAAACCAUCUAAAUCUAUUCCAAAAGCACCUAAGGCUCCUCGAGCGGGUAUAGUUCGAAACUCAGCAGCAGAUUAUCGACGUCGAGAAGCCAAUAGACUAGCAGCCGAACGCUCUCGAUCACGUACUGCCGAAAAAUACUCUACCCUCAAUCAGACUUUUGCUUUACUCCAGGAUGAAAAUGAGAAAUUGAGAAUUCAAAUUUCUCAGCUAGAAAACAAUAAUGUGAAUGGCGAUACAAAUAUAAAUACAAAUUCGAAUGAUAUUUUAGUUCCUGAUUCUCAACCGCAAAAGGAACAAGAGGAACAAGAAGGUGAUUCGUCAAGACAACAAGAACAGGAAGCUCAUUCAAAUACCAUCUUAGCUGCUUUGACAGGUAUAACAGGAGUUGAAUUUACAGAUCCCCACACUCAGGGAGAAGAGGAAGAUAAUGAUCAUAGCUGGAUACAUAAUAUCGAAUCUACUAUAGAUGCUGAGACGAGUGGUAGACUGGCGGAAUUGGCUGUGGUAGCUACUACUGGUACCGGAACUGGACAAGAUCAAGAAGGUCAUCAAGCUGAUAUUGAGAGUGGAAACGUAAACCCAAUCGGAUCCGAUCAAAUUGGAAAAAAUCAAUCAUACUUGAGUAAUGAGAAUGAUCAAUCUCUCGUCUCUUCACCAGUGAACAACCCUGUCAUCGCACUAGCGGCAGCCAUCAACACUGAGAUCGAAAGUAUCAUCAUGGAAGAUCUAGCGUUGACCAAGGCUGCUAUUGCAUCAAUCGAGAAACAAAUCGAAGCUUUAAAGCAAGGUCAGCAUUGUUCUUCAGACAAUACCGAGGAGAUCGACAAAUUCCUACCGGCUUCAGCUCUCAUCGAAGAUGUUGAUAAGUUAUCUGUGCAUUCGACGGAAUAUGCACAAGAGAGCGAUACUAUACAAAGUAAAUUACCUCAAUUACACGACGAACUGGUCAAGCUUCGAGACGAAAAAGUGAAUGAGGAGAAGAAAGUGGUGGAUCUGGUCAAUGAAGUUAGGAGAUUGGAUAUAUCAGAUGAAAGUGAGAAGAACACUUUGGUGGAUGGUAUGAAAGCUUUAGGAGGACUGGUCGAAAGUCUUCUAAGUGAUGCGCGAGAAGGUGAUCUUUCUUAUGCUAUUGGAUCAUACUCUACUCCAGCAAUUGCACGACGUCGUAGGGGCCGACCUCCCAAGGGCGAUAUCUCACGAACCUUUUACCAAUCGUUCUUGCUCAAGCAUCCACUUUCUCCCAAAUCUGACAAGACGACAGGAAACGACGACUCGAAAGGGAAUAGAAUCCGUGGAACACGUAAGCCGAGAAGAAGCAGGUUAAAGGAAUCGACGAAAGAUGACGAAGAGAAUCACUCGGAGAAUCAAGAGGUGGAAGAGAGAUUACGGGCGAUUCAAGCUACACUCCAAGCACAAGAUCGAGAUCAAACUCCAAUACAGUCCCACUCGGUGGCUCAAGAUGGUGAAGAACGCAUCACGAAAGAGGGGGUGCAAGAUGAAGGGAUAACAAGUGCAGCUGUUGAUCGGGCGGAGGCAUUCAUCUUGUCUCAAUUAGCUUCGCAAUCUCAAGACCACGACGGGGAAAACGGGAAUGGAAGUGAUAAUGUGGAUCACCAGACGACUUCGUUCGUGGAUCUUUUACCUGCUCAGGAGGAGUUGGAAAGGCAAGUUACCCAACAUCAACAGCAACAGCAACAGUCGACGCAAGAACUGUCGAAUUCGAUUGAUCCUGCUUUGACUCAGACUCACGGGAUCAGUGAGAGUGUUUUAGCGAGGUUGAAGAAAGGUCCUCCGGGGAGUUGUGAUGUCUGUAUGAGAACUUCCACAACAGCUUGGAGGAAGUUGGUCUUGGGUGAUCUAUCAUUGAAAGUCUGUAAUGCCUGCGGAUUAUAUCAUAAGCGAUUCGGGGUACUUCGACCGCCUGAAUUAUGGGAUGAUGGGAAUGUAAUUAGACGAAGGAGGGCAGGUCCAAGGAAUUCUACUGCGAAAGAUACUCUUGGAGAAGAGAGUGGUGAAGGCGACGAUGAACGACCGAACAAGAAGGCUAAGGUAGGAGGAGUUGAUGAUGACCAAGUGACCGAAGUCGUAUCAAAUCUCAACACGGAUGGUAUGACAAGUGGAAUGUUGGAUGGACAGGACGAUGUUCAGAUACCAAUACCACCAACAACUACGCAACAGGAGGAAGAAGAUGGUAGGAGGGCUGAAUUCAAUGCGGCGAUCAUGGAAGGUAUAUCAGCGAUCAAUGCUGCUGCUGAACGAGAAGGGGAUGAAAAUGGGGUUUUGUUAGAUGUGCAAAUGGAUUGA